AUGGAUAACAAUAAUUGUUUCUCCUUAAUAAAUAAUUCAAGAUAAACAAGUAUAAACUUACUAUAUCAAGUUGAAUAAAAUGUAACAUUGAUAAAAAAUAUCGAAAUACAAGAAUAGAAAAAUAAGGAAUUAUAUCUCAAAUCAUUAGAAAGAAUAUUCUCAUUACUGUAGAAAAAUUAGUGCUCUUGCCCCAAAUUAUAACUUGAAAAACCUUUAGUUACAAUAGAGGGAUAUAGAAGCAUUUGGUAAAAUUACUCAAAAAUUUGUGAAUAAAUAAAAAUCAACUCUUAAGUUGUAGAUUAUUAUUUUUCUGCCUCGUUUUGUCAUUACGUGUUAAUAAGAAAUUAAUAAUUGAUCAUUCGUGGACAAAGAGUAAAAACUACACACAUUUUAUAAUUGCUAUAGCAAUUUUUAAAAUAAUUGAUUUGUUAUUAAUGCAAAAGGGCAGAUACAAAUUUAGUGAAAGAUCGAAAAACAAAAUUGAUUUUUAAGGAAUGUAAUGUAUGCAAAGCUACAUGUACUGUUGAAGGAUCAAAAUUUAAAUACUUUAGAUUUCCUUGA